CCACGUUGUGUCAUUAGAACCAAAAUGGCUUCGUGCAGCGUAGAAGACGUGCUCGCUAAAGCCGAAAGAGAAGAGGCUGAAAGGCUAAAAGGUAUUACAGUAAGCAAAGAUUUAGACCUUGAAUUUGACCCCGGUAAUUUGCUUGCGUUUGAUAAGAACCGGAUAGACACUCGGGAUUUUAAAGACAACAAACGGGAAGACUUUCUGCGCUCACUGGCGAGAGAUAACACUCAACUCCUCAUCAACGAGUUAUGGAAACUUCCAACAGAAAGAGUUGAAGAAGUCAUCGUCGCCAAGCUACCAGAUCCAAGCACUCUAUUACCCAGGGAAAAGCCUGCUCCAAAACCAAAGCCUCCUACAAAAUGGGAACAGUUUGCCAAGUUGAAAGGCAUUCAGAAGAAAAAGAAGACCAACUUGGUCUGGGAUGAAGUGCAUAAGGAAUGGAAGAGGCGAUGGGGAUACAAACGUGCCAAGGAUGACACCAAGGAGUGGUUGAUCGAGGUCCCAGUGACCGCAGAUCCCAACGAGGACCAGUUUGCUAAGAGGAAUAAAGCCAAGAAGGAGCGAGUGGCCAGGAAUGAGUACAACAGACUCAAGAACAUCGCCCGAGCUCAGAAGGUCAAGGUGCCGGGCAUGGGACUCGCUCCCACCUCUCAGCAGUCUAAAGCGGAGCUGGCACAAGCUGUCAACAUCGCCAAGAGAUCCACGGCCUCUGUUGGUAAGUUCCAGGAGAACCUGCCCAAGGAGAAAACGCCUAAAAAUACUGGGAAAAGGAGAAAGUUCCAGCCUCUUAUUGGUGACUUUAGUAGUGAGAAACAAAAACAGCUGGAUUUACUGAAGGUGAUGGACAGUAAGAAGCCACGACUUGACAUCACCAAAGCUGUGAAUAAGCAAAUGAGGGAAGAGGAUAUGGAAUCGAGGCAAAAGAGAAAGAAAGACUUUGGAAAGAAGGGACGGAGGGGAAAUAUGGCUGGUAAAGGAAAAGGAAAGGCUGGUGGAAAGGGAAAGGGUCCCAAAGGCAAAGGACGGAAACCUCAAAUGAAGCAAGGAAAGCGAUAAAAUCAGCAGUGUGCAUUGCUUAUAUAUUGUAAAAUUCUCUCUAUAUAUUGUAUACACUAUUUUGACCUGGCAGGUGACACAUACAGCCAUAACUUUCAGUGCUUUGGUGCUGAUUUGAUUCUGUACAAUACGUGGUUAAAACAUGGACGAAGUGCUGGGCUGAAAUAAUUGGGACUCUGUUUUCUACGUAAAUGUUUGAUUUAAUAUUGACACCUGCUAUUCAUAUUCACGGUUUCACAAUAAAUUCAAAUCAUCUCUGA